AUGUCGCGCGGCGGCGGGUGCUCCCCGCCGAUGGAUCUGCUGCGGUCGGAGGCGAUGCAGCUGGUGCAGGUCAUCAUCCCCGCCGAGUCGGCGCGCCUCGCCGUCUCCAACCUCGGCGACCUCGGCCUCCUCCAGUUCAAAGACCUUAAUGCGGACAAGAGCCCAUUCCAACGGGCAUAUGCUGCCCAGAUCAAGAGGUGUGGUGAAAUGGCUCGCAGGUUGCGUUUUUUCAAGGAACAAAUGUCGAAAGCUGCAAUAUUGACUUCUCCGACGCAAUUUUCAGGAGCUUCUUUGGAAAUUGGUGAUCUGGAGAUAAAACUUGGGGAAUUUGAAGCUGAGCUAACUGAAGUAAAUACAAAUAAUAGAAAAUUGCAGAGGACAUACAAUGAGCUGGUGGAGUACAAUGUUCUUCUAGAAAAGACUGGUGAGUUUUUCUACUCAGCUCAGAGAAGCGCGGCAGAGCAACAGAGGGAAAUGGUGGCUGAUCAGUCUGGUGAUUCUUCUCUGGAGAGUCCUUUAUUGCACCAGGAAAUGGUGAUAGAUCCAUCGAAACAAGUGAAGCUAGGUUCCCUGAUUGGUCUUGUGCCAAAGCAAAAGGCUAUGGCCUUUGAGCGUAUACUUUACCGUGCCACCAGGGGCAAUAUGUUACUCCGACAAGAAUCUGUUGAUGAAUCUAUAAUUGAUCCACAAUCUGGAGAGAAGGCCGUGAAAAAUUCUUUCGUUAUAUUCUACUCUGGGGAGAGAGCAAAAUCCAAGAUUCUAAAAAUUUGUGAUGCUUUUGGUGCCAACCGUUAUCCGUUUCCAGAAGACCUUGCCACACAAUUACAAACUAUUCAGAAGGUAUCUGGAAAAGUGUCAGAGUUGAAGGCAACUGUUGAAAUAGGUUUAGCUCAUCGUGACGGCAUACUUAAAAAUAUAGCUUGUGAGUAUGAAGAAUGGAACAACCUGUUAAAGAAGGAAAAAGCUAUUUACCACACGCUAAACAUGUUCAGUCUUGAUGUAACAAAGAAAUGUUUAGUUGCUGAGGGGUGGAGUCCCGUUUUUGCUACAAGUCAGGUACAAGAUGCACUUCAUCGUGCUACUACUGGUAGCAACUCCGAAGUUGGUUGCAUUUUCCAAAUUCUGAACACACAAGAAUCUCCUCCAACGUAUUUCCAGACAAACAAAUUUACGUCCUCCUUCCAGGACAUUGUGGAUGCCUAUGGUAUUGCGAGCUAUCAAGAACUAAAUCCUGGUUUAUUUACCAUCGUAACAUUCCCCUUCUUAUUUGCCGUCAUGUUUGGUGAUUGGGGUCAUGGAAUUUGUAUAUUUCUUACUGCACUGUACCUCAUAAUCCGAGAGAAGAAGCUAGCUUCACAGAAACUAGAUGACAUAGUGGAAAUAAUGUUUGGUGGGCGCUAUGUAAUUUUGAUUAUGUCCCUUUUUUCAAUUUACACUGGAUUGAUAUAUAAUGAGUUCUUCUCGGUUCCAUUUGAGCUCUUCGGUAAAUCUGCCUAUGCCUGCCAUGAUCCUUCGUGUGGGGAUGCUACAACUGAAGGAUUAGUUAUGGUGGGGCAAACAUACCCAUUUGGUGUCGAUCCAGUGUGGCAUGGAAGCCGCAGUGAGCUGCCAUUUCUCAAUUCCCUAAAGAUGAAAAUGUCAAUUCUUCUUGGAAUUGCACAAAUGAACCUUGGAAUUGUGUUGAGUUUCUUUAAUGCGAAGUAUUUCAAAAAUACUGUUAAUGUUUGGUAUCAGUUUGUUCCCCAGCUGAUCUUCUUAAACAGCUUAUUUGGUUACCUGUCACUCCUCAUCAUUAUUAAGUGGUGCACUGGCUCAAAAGCUGACCUAUACCAUAUAAUGAUAUAUAUGUUUCUGAGUCCAACGGAUGAUAUUGGGGAGAACCAGCUAUUUCCUGGGCAGAGAAUUGUGCAGCCAUUGUUUUUGAAGAAGCAACAUGAGCAGAGACACCAAGGCCAGCAUUACACCAUGCUCCAGGAGACAGAUGAAUCAGUGGCUCAAUUGGGAGGACAACAUGAAAACCCACACAACCACGAGGAGUUUGAAUUCAGUGAAGUUUUGGUCCACCAGCUGAUCCACACAAUUGAGUUUGUGCUCGGUGCGGUCUCAAAUACCGCCUCAUAUCUUCGUCUUUGGGCUCUCAGUCUCGCGCACUCAGAACUGUCCGGUGUCUUCUAUGAUAAGGUUCUUCUUCUAGCAUGGGGAUACAACAAUGUUAUCAUCCUUGUCGUCGGAGUAAUGGUCUUCCUGUUUGCCACUAUUUUUGUUCUGCUUUCGAUGGAGACCCUGAGUGCAUUUCUGCACGCCUUGAGGCUCCACUGGGUCGAGUUCCAGGGUAAGUUUUAUGAGGGUGGUGGGUAUAAGUUUGCACCAUUCGUGUUCGCGUCGAUCCUCGAGGAGGAAGAUUGA